AUGUCGGAACCUUCAUCAAACUCCAACCUCAACGCCAGCUUCAAAGCGUCAAUCCCCUCGCUUCCCGCCCCUGUAACAACACAACUCCAAGCCCCGCCAUCGCCGCGCACUCAUCGCGCCCUUCGUCGUCUUCAAUCCGCACAUACUCUCGGCGCCCGCGCCCGCGAACAGGCAACGCCCUCCCUCAUCUCCCAGCAGCGACAGCGCGACGAUCAGCGUGAUACCACUGUCACUGCCACUACCAAUUCCAAUUCUAAUGCCAAAAGCAAUGGAAGCGCCUCACCAACAAAAUCGACUCCUCCACUUUCAAACCAGAACGUUAAUCGCUCGCCCCAACGAGGCCGAGCUAAUAGCGAUGCCACCCCGCCCCUCGUACACCAGAUGAACGUUGUUACGGCUAGCAAACGUGCCGGGAGUAAGAAGCCCGUCUUCUCGCAUGGCCAUUUACCGUUGCAUCAGAUUAUACGCGAGGGGCCGACUGAUGGGGAUUUCUUGGGCGCUUUGGAGAGUGCGCGCUGGAAGGUCAUUGAUGAAGGUGUCAAGAGUGCUGAAGAUGGCAUGUCAACGUUGAGAAUAUACGUCUGGCUCGUCCUUCUCGAUGCCCCUAUUCUAUCGACCGACGACUAUCUCGCGCUCAUUCACCGAGGCGCUUCCCCAGCCUACUCCAAAAUCCGUAACGACACAUUCCGUACUCUUACAACAGAUCCUCUCUUCCGCCGCCGUGUCAGCGAGGCCAGUCUUAUUCGGCUCCUCAACGCAAUUGCGUGGAAGCUCCAUGACACCCGCGAGGAAACCCGCCAAAGCCGUCCCACCAGCAGCCGAGCUUCGCUUCCUGGUGGCAGUAGUAUCUCGGGCCGUUCUCACUCAAACGCAAGCACAUCCUCUCCUACUGCUCGAAACCGCGCUCGUGCCUUGACGCUCACUACAGAAGGCUCCGAAUCUGGCGCUGGCGCUAGAUCGUUGGAGCCUGGCACCUACGUUCAGGGUAUGAAUGUUCUGGCUGCCCCUUUUCUCUAUGCAGCUCGUAGUGAGGCAGAAGCGUUUGUAGCAUUCCACUCGCUACUAACUCGCGAAUGUCCUGGUUACAUCCGUGGUGCUAUGGAUGGUGUCCAUCGAGGUCUUGCCCUUGUGGAUAAAGUACUCGCAAUUGUAGACCCCAAGCUGAGCAUGUAUCUUACUGCAAAGGGGCUUUCAGCCGAGAUCUACGCUUUCCCCUCUGUCCUGACGCUAUGCGCUUGUACACCUCCUCUCCCCGAAGUCCUACGGCUGUGGGACUUUCUGUUCGCCUAUGGGCCGCAUCUCAACAUUGUUUGCAUCGUGGCACAACUCACUAUCAUGCGGUCACAGAUCUUACAGUCACCCAGCCCGAACAAGGUCUUGAGAUCGUUCCCCCAGCUCAAUGCGGAUCUCGUCAAAUCCGUCACUAUUGGCAUUAUCAAGAAGAUUCCGGAUGAUGUUUAUGCCGAGAUCGUAUCUCACGCUCUCUAA